AUGACGAACGCCGCUCCUUCUAAAAAACCCACGCCGCUGGCGUACUUCCCAGCGAGAAGGGACGACACAGUCGUCGAGAACCACUUCGGCGAGGACAUCGCCGACCCUUACAGAUGGCUGGAGGACCCCGACAGCGAGGAGACGAAGGCUUUCGUCGGUGCACAAAACGAACUCUCCCGGCCCUUCUACGAGACCCCGAUCCGCGACGCGUUUCUGAAGAAGCUCCAACAGAUCUACGACUAUCCAAAAUAUGGCGUGCCUUUCCGCGAGGGCGAUCGCUGGUUCCACUGGUACAACAGCGGGCUGCAGAAUCAGUACGUGCUGUACGUACGGAAGUCCCUCGACGACGAGAAUCCCGAAGUCUUUCUAGAUCCCAACGCAUGGGCUGAAGACGGCACCGCCGCUGUCGGCGAGAGGGCCUUCACGGAUGACGGCGCCUUGAUGGCCUACGCGCGCAGCGACAAAGGCAGCGACUGGCGCCGUGUCUUCUUCAUGCGAGUUGAAGAUCGCCACGUCUUUCCAGACGUUCUGAAGCAUGUAAAGUUCUCUUGCCUGGUGUGGUCGCCUGACAGCCGAGGUGUCUUUUACAACCGAUACGCCGCGAAAGACGAAGAUGGCGAAGACGACGGCCGGGCGAACGCCGAGCAUGAAUUCCAGGAGCUGUACUACCACAAGCUGGGCACGAACCAGAAAGAAGAUAUCCGCAUUCUCUCAUUCCCUGAACACCCCAAGUGGCUAAGUGAAGUCAAGCUGUCUUGGGAUAAGCGCUACCUCGUCUGCUCAGUCUUCGAGAGCUGCGGCCCGAAAAAUCAAAUCUGGAUUGCGGACUUGGACGAGGCCAAAAUGGCUGGCGGCGCAGAUGACUACGACUUCACGAAACUGAAGUGGCAGAAGAUCGUCGAAAACUUUGAGGCGGGUUACGAGUAUGUCACCAACGAUGACGACAAGUUCGUCUUCCUCACCAACAAAGACGCGCCGCGCUACAAGCUGAUCACCGUCAACCUACGCAACCCCGGCGAGGCCUCGUGGCAGACGCUCGUCGAGGAGAAGCCCGACUUGCUGGAGUGGGCGGUAGUCGUGGACGGCAACAAGUUGCUUCUGCACUACAUGCACGACGUCGCCUCCGCCUUGGAAGUCCGCGACCUCCACACCGCUGAGACGCUGGGCAAGAUCCCGCUGCCCCUUGGCACCGUCUCGGGGGUCUCCGGCAAGCGCAAAUUCCCCCAUCUGCUCUUCUCCUUGACCUCCUUCACCACGCCCUCAGUCAUCUACCGCGUGGACGUCGCUGCCGCGGCCAAAAGCGGAGACUGGACUCCCACCGUCUAUAGAGAGACGAAGCUUGAUGGCGUCGACUUGAGCGAGCUGGAGGUUAACCAAGUUUUCUUCAACGGCAAGGAUGACACGAAGAUUCCCAUGUUCAUCGUCCACAAAAAGGGCCUCCGGCGCGACGGGAACUCGCCUGCGCUGCUGUACGGAUAUGGCGGGUUUAACAUCUCAGUCACGCCAUACUUCAGCGCCACGCGCGUUGUCGCCAUGCUGACCCUCGGCAUGGUCAUGGCGAUUGCGAAUAUUCGCGGGGGAGGCGAGUAUGGCAAGGCGUGGUACGAGGCCGCCAUCAAGACGAAAAAGCAGGUCAGCUACGACGAUUUCCAGGCAGCCGCUGAGUACCUCAUCGACAACAAAUACACGUCGCCUUCCCGGCUGGCCAUCCAAGGCGGCUCGAACGGCGGGCUCCUCGUCGCCGCCUGCAUGAACCAGCGCCCUGACCUCUACGGGGCUGCGCUGGUUCACGUGGGCGUUCUUGACCUUUUGCGGUUUCACAAAUUCACCAUCGGGCACGCCUGGACCAGCGACUACGGCAACCCCGAGAACGAAGAGGAAUACCGCGCCAUUCGCGCGAUUUCGCCGCUGCACAACAUCGGCAACGCCCGCGGCAAGGGUAAAGGCCACCAGUACCCAGCGGUGCUUCUCCUGACGGGCGACCACGACGACCGCGUGUCGCCCUUCCACUCGCUAAAGUACAUCGCGGAACUCCAGCACUCUGUCGGCAAGUCGCCGAACCAAACCAACCCGCUGCUGAUUCGCGUUGAGACGAAGGCAGGCCACGGGGCGGGGAAGCCCACGACGAAGGUGCUCGCUGAGGCGGCGGACGAAUACGGGUUCCUGGCGACGGUGUUGGGAUUGCACUGGCGAGACCAAUGA